UGGAAAGCACGGGCAUUUCCGGUGUCGUAACCGUUUUCGAGGUGCUGUGGUUAAACAUGAAUUUAAGUGGGUUUAAUGGAGUGACAAACCUUCUUAACUGCAACAGGAGAUUGUGGAGUAUUUUAAGGAGAAAUGUGAAGUCCGAUUCUUCAUCUUUGACUCUGAGACACCAGCAGAACGGAAUCAGAAGGAUUAUUCUGAAUAAUCCCAAGAAGAGGAACGCUUUGUCUCUGCCCAUGCUGGAAUCACUGAGAGAAAACAUUCUGAUAGAUUUAGACACUGAAGACCUGCGAGUGAUCAUCAUAUCAGGGCAGGGUCCAGUGUUUUCAUCAGGUCAUGACCUUAAGGAGCUGACCUCAACAAAGGGUCCAGACUACCACAGCAAGGUGUUCCAGACAUGUUCUGAGGUCAUGACCCUGAUUCAGGACAUUCCCGUGCCGGUCAUUGCUAUGGUAAACGGCGUCGCCACUGCGGCAGGUUGCCAGUUAGUCGCCAGUUGCGAUAUUGCCAUAGCAACAGAUAAAUCCACCUUUGCCACUCCAGGAGUCAAUGUGGGUCUGUUCUGCUCAACCCCGGGCGUGGCGUUAGGGCGAGCUGUACCCAGAAAGGUUGCCAUGGAGAUGUUGUUCACGGGCCGACCCAUCUCGGCUCAGGAUGCUCUGCUGCACGGUCUGGUCAGUAAGGUGGUGAGAGAGGAGCAGUUGGAGGAGGAGACGCUGGCCGUGGCCACACGGGUGUGUGAGUCCAGUCGGCCUGUGGUCGCUCUGGGGAAAGCCGUUUUUCACAGACAGAUGUCUCAGAGUCGAGACGCAGCGUACGCGUCCGCCUGCAGUGCCAUGCUGGAGAACCUGAAGCUUCCUGACGGGCAGGAGGGGAUCAGGGCGUUCCUGGAGAAAAGACGUCCCGUCUGGAGUAACAGUCCAGAGAUAAUCCACACGUGAUUCAGCACUGGCACACACCUUUUGUUUAAACUCACUGCAAUCAAACAUAAGAACUGACAGAAAUAUCCUGUUCAAAUGCAGCAUUUGUAAUCUAAUGUUCAAUAAAAAAUAUAUUUGAUUCA